GUGUCGCGCUUUCUGUGCUCGGCAUGGAGCCGGUGAAUCGCCUUCCGCGGCCAGAGGACCCGGCGGCGCUGGAGCGCCUUGCGGAGGCCCAGAGCCUGCUCUGCGCGCGCGCGGUCAGCGAGGAGGACUGCCUUCAAGCGGUGGAGCUGCUUCGGGAGCUGGCGCGACCCCAGGAGGAGCAGGGCUUCGGCUUCAGCCCCGCGCUGCUGACCUUGGGCUCCCUCUUUGAGUCGGGUUUCGCGCCGGCCAUCGACCAGGACGCCAAGGAAGCGGCCAGGUGCUACUUGGCCUUGCUGGAGGCUCAGCUCCAAUCAAAGACCUUGGGUGAUGACCUGUUAGAGGAGGCAGCGACGCAUCUCUCCAGCGUGGUGAAAGACAAGGACUGCGCUCUGCAAGAAGAGGAGAUCCAGCGCCUGGAAUUCCUGGCCGACUCUGAGACUUGCGCCAAGGCCGCCCAGGGCUGGCUGCGCUUCGGAGCCGCGGAGGCGCGGCGGCGCUUUGUGGAGGCCCAGGAGGACCCGGAGGCCCGGGAGCGGCGGCUGGAGCGGGAGGCCGCCAAGGCUGCGGCGCGGCAGCGGCUGAAGGAGGAGAGGCAGCAGCGGGUGCAGCAGGCGCUUCAGGAAGCCGAGGAGCUCAGGCUGCAGGGCAACGACCUCUGCCGUCAGGGCCAGCUGCCAGGCAACGCCGCACGGAGGCAGCUUCUGCUGCAGGCUGUGUCGCUGUACGACCAGGCGGUGGAAGUCCUAAGCAGGUGCCUCAGCUCAUGGGGUGAUGAGCCGGAGCUGCGGCGCCAGCGCGCACUGUUGCGCUCCAACUCUGCGCAGGUGGAGCUCUCCUUGGAGCGCUGGACAGAGGCGGCGCAGCUAGCAAACCUGUCGCUGGAGGACGAUCCGGAUUCGGUGAAGACGCUCUACCGCCUGGCCAAGGCCCAGCAGUGCUGUGGCGACUGGGAGGAGGCGGCGCGGGCGGCAGACCGGGGACUGCUGGCGCUGAAAGGCACCAGCGCGGAGCGGGAGGCCUUUACCGUGGAGCUCUGGAAGUUGGCGGAGCAAAUCUCCGCGGAGCUGCCCACCUGGAAGUGGUCUGCCUUGAAGCCAGAGAAGAGGGCGGUGGACGACUUCGAGAAGCGGAUCGUGGGGUGGUGGACGUACCCUGGCAGCACCUUCGAGGUGCGUUUGGAGCGCUGGGGCGCCCUGGUCUUCCACGAGGACACCGUGAAGAUCGAGCUUAUGCAGAAGAGCAAGCUGCGGUGGCGCGGCGAGGUGGAGCUCAUCUCCGGGAUGGUGCUGAACCUGUCCUUCGAGCCCGGCAGCGACGUGCUGAUCCUGGAGUUCAUCCCCCCACCAGACAUGCCGGAGAGCGAUCAAUGGAGCGGGCCCAAGCGCUUCACGGCCACGCGCAUGGUAGCGCCAAAGAAGGCCGAGGACGCGGCCAAAGCGGAGGUCAAGGAUGACACCGAGGACAGAAUCGAAGCAGCUGAUCGCCCCGAGCCAGCGCUGGAGCCCCCCGAGCCGGCGCCGGAGCCGGCCCCCGAGGAGAAGGAGGACGAUUUGGAAGCUGUCAUGGCGGCAGCACCCAAGGAGGUCUUCCUCUCCGGCUACCCUCUGGUGGCGGGUCGGUACGCACUGCAGGAAAGGCCGCAGAACGGCCGCCCCGUGUACCGGCGAGCAGAUUGCGCAGAAGAUCUUUAUCUGUGGUUCAGAGGGGGCAACUGGGGCGUCACCGAGUCCCUGCGCAGCUCCGCGCUGGCGGCGCCAUUUUUGGCGCGCUGCGCGGAGAGCCGAGCCGCGGCGAAGGGUCCGCCGCUGAGGCGGCGCUCCGUGUGGUACGUGCGCGCCGGGCGGAACAAGGAGGAGCCAGCUCCAGAAUUGUUUCUGUCUGCGUGCCCUUCUGACGGCUACGCUGAACUGGAGAAGCCCUGUGCUGGUGUGGAAGUGCCUGCGGAAGGCCCAGCGUCGACCGCGGCUUCGGCUCCGUCGUGGGUGGAGUCCGCGGACCUCACGGAGGCGGAGGGCGAGGUGCGGGUGGCUGUGGUCGUCAAGGCGGAGGUAUCGGUGAGCCUCGGAGACCUGGAGAUGGCAGCCUCCGACAGCAGCCUUCGCCUGGUGCUGCCGCCGCAGGCGCCUCUUCUGCUGCCGCUGCCUGCCGGCCUCGGGCCCCCGGUGGCGAAGUGGUCCUCCAAGAGCCGCACGCUGAAGGUGCGCCUGGCGCGCGCCUAGCGCAAGGCCAGCGCCCGAGGGCGCCUUGGGUGGCCGAGGCACAUGACUUUGGAUAUGCAUUGGCGACUUCGAGCAGCAGGGGGAUUGCUACAUUCGCUUGAGGGGUUGCGCAGACAUUGACAC